UCUGCGAGGGUGGAGGUGGGAAUCUAAGAAGAUUGGCAUCCCGAUGCGCCCCUCCUCCCAGCGGCUCUCCUCUCCAGCCCAGUCCUAGAAGGAGACACAGGCCGGUGGCCACCUGCCAAGUCAGGCUUGGGCGGCGAGAGAGGAGGGGCUGGGGCCCCGGGAGGUGGCCUUUGCGAUACCAGGGCCACUCCCGCAGACUCUGGCCGUGCGGGCGCGAGCUGGCCGUACAAAAGGCCCCGGUGGGGCAGGGCGGGUCUGCGGCUGGAGGUGGGCUCCAGACCCCCCCACCUGUUGCGGGGCGCGGCGGGUUGCAAAGAUGGGCCGCUACUCAGGCAAGACGUGCCGGCUGCUGUUCAUGCUGGUGCUCACCGUGGCCUUCUUCGUGGCGGAGCUGGUGUCGGGGUACCUGGGCAACUCCAUCGCGCUGCUCUCGGACUCCUUCAACAUGCUGUCUGACCUGAUCUCGCUGUGCGUGGGCCUGGGCUCCGGCUACAUCGCGCGGCGUGGUUCCCGCGGCUCGGGCGCCACCUACGGCUAUGCUCGGGCCGAGGUGGUGGGCGCGCUCAGCAACGCCGUCUUCCUCACCGCGCUCUGCUUCACCAUCUUCGUGGAGGCCGUGCUGCGCCUCGCGCGGCCCGAGCGCAUCGACGAUGCGGAGCUGGUGCUCAUCGUGGGCACCCUGGGGCUGGCGGUCAACAUAGUGGGGCUGCUCAUCUUCCAGGACUGCGGCGCCUGCUUCGCGAGAUGCACGCGGGGGCGUCGGACCCGCCCUCCGCAGCCGCAGCCGCAGCACCAGGGGGACCCUUGCGGCGCUUUGGAGAAUCCCCAAGGGUCUGUGGCAGCCACAGCCCCCGGUUCAGACGCAGUAGUGACUCUCCGGGGGGCCUCGGCCGGAAGAAAGCUGCAGGAGGGCGCGACCGUGUUCUCGAAUGUAGCAGGUGAUUCCCUGAACACCCAGAAUGAACCAGAAGAGACGACGAAAAAAGAGAAAAAGUCUGAAGCACUGAAUAUCAGAGGUGUUCUUUUGCACGUGAUGGGAGAUGCCUUGGGUUCCGUGAUCGUGGUCAUCACGGCCAUCAUAUUCUAUGUUCACCCCCUGACACCAGCAGACCCAUGUAACUGGCAAUGCUACAUUGACCCCAGUUUGACAGUUGUCAUGGUCAUCAUUAUUUUGUCGUCUGCUUUUCCACUGAUCAAGGAGACUGCUGUCAUCCUGCUGCAGAUGGUCCCCAAGGGAGUUGACAUGGAAGAGCUGAUGAGCAAGCUCUCUAGCGUGCCCGGAGUCAGCAGUGUGCACGAGGUGCACAUCUGGGAACUGGUGAGUGGGAAGCUCAUCGCCACCCUGCACAUCAAGUACCAGAGGGACGCAGGGUACCAGGACGCCAGCAGAAAGAUCCGGGAGGUCUUCCAUCACGCUGGGAUCCACAAUGUGACCAUCCAGUUCGAAGCGGUGGACUUGAAGGAAGCCCUGGAGCAGAAGGACUUCUUGCUGACCUGCAGCGCCCCCUGCAUCUCCCAGAGCUGUGCUAAGAAGCUGUGCUGUCCCCCGGGAACACUGCCCCUGGCUCUCGUCAAUGGCUGUGCCGAGCACAACGGUGGGCCCUGUCUGGAGACUUACCGAAGCACGAGGGAUGCUCAGGAUGUGGCCAUUGAUGUGGCUUUGGAGCAGGGACAGACUCUUAGGAAGACUCAGGAGGGACAGCAUUGUGAAAACAGUACUCAUUUUUAGUGGGUUCCCACACAAAAUCAGACUGUCUGGACAGGCACUUUGGGUCACCGGCUCUGCUUGUGGAAAGAGCUUUGUGGGUGUGCUCGCCGUCGGUAGGGGUCAGAUGUUUGGGAUGUGAGCGGGACAAAUCUGCUGAUUUUCACGUGGUGUGUCACCCGUUCCUACUACCCCUGGCGUCCCAUGCUUUCCUGCGACAGUGUCUGUCAGGGAUGUUGAAGGCUGGGACUCAGAGUCGUUCUUGUCUGUGCGGUGGUGCUGGGGAAUUGAACGCAGGGCUCGUGUGUGCCGGGGAACUGCUCUGUUACUGAGGUGCGCUCUGUAGCCCUUGUUCUUAAACCAAUCAGAACUUCUAGCUGACUCUCAGGUGAGCUCAAAGCUUAAGUGGGUGGGGAAAAAAAUUAAAACACAAUAAUUACGAUUUCCUCUCUUUCCCUCAAAGAUCAUAAAAGAUGGAAGUCGACCAUUUGCGGCAUUGUGGAAAUAUAUAUUCUUAGGUCCGUUCUUGGACCAGGAGAAGCAGACAUCUAGUAAAUAAAUGCAACAUGCAAAGUUGUUUAAGGUGGAUAAACAGGAUGCCUCAAGAGGCAGAAAAAUGCUCUCAACACAUUAGAGGAGACAGACUUUGCUGGGGUGGAGGGACAGAUGGAUUUUGGACCAUCUCUUUGUUCUGUGAGGUGUGGGGUGGCUAACGUUUACUUUCUGCCAGGAACUAAACUGCAGCAAUGGUGUUGCAGAAGCUUAAUCAAUCAUGUAGCAUACUCACACUCACAAGUGUGGGGACAGGGUUCUACUUAUUUACUUAUUUACCAUUUCUGAGAAUCUCCGGGUAGGAUGGCUGCCCAGAUUUCCUCACAGUCUUCUCUGUAUGUCACAUUAAUCCAUGUAGCAUUGGCCAGGAGGAGAUGAAUACUCUGGGGACAGGAGAAUACUCAUUCCUACUAAAUAAAUAAGCUAGCCUGCCUUUGCUUUAGUUAGGCAUAUUUUAAAGUAUUUAUUAUAGCUGCCAACUAGUAACUGUAUGGAAAAGUUGAUACCAACUGAGAAACAAAAAGUAAUUUGGUUGCUGCUUUUAAUGUGUUUGGUGGUACUUAAGAGUUUUAUGUGUGACCCGUGUUAACCAAGUUUAAAUAAAUUGAUUAUGAACUGAUUCAGAUACAAAGCUGAACUGUAUUGGUAGGAGAAAGUGCAGAAAUCUCUGCCAUGUGUAUUACACCUUGUUUGGACUUCCCUGUUUAAUCAAAGCCUCACAGAAAGUCAUCUUGUCCUAGGCUAUCAGUCUUGAUCUUAUUGAGAAACUGCAUGGGGUUCAUCAGAAGGGGUGGAUGGUCACAGAAACGGCACCCACAUUUUCCAGUGCAAACACCAUUUUAAAGAAAAACGUCUUCAUGGGCAUGGUGGCACGUGCCUGUAGACCCAGCUACUCAGGAGGCUGACAGUCACUCAAGCCUAGGAGUCCAGACAAAACAGUGAGACUCAGCUUUUUGUUUGUUACUUAAUUAUUAGUCUGAAAUUUGGAGGCUGUUAGGCAGCUGUGGUCAGACAUAUAGGAAAUUCUUUGUUCCUUAGAAGUUGGUUAGAUGUAAAUCAACCAUCUAAAGGUAAAUAGCAAAAUAUCUAAAACCUUUCUAACUCCCAGAAGUUUGUUGUGUUGGAUUAAGUGCACUUUAUAAGCUAAGAGAGGAGCAAAGACAGAAUUUCUACUUUGGGCAUCAAACGUGACAGGCCAGAGAAUUCCCUAGGAGCCCAGCAUGGUGAUAUGUGAGCAGAUCCCUCCACAUAAGCACUGUUUAAUGCCUCCAUUGAAGCCAAAGUAGAAAUUUGUCUCUAACUUCCAAAUCUGAAUUCAUAUCUCUCUGCCUUAUUAUUGAGGGGAAAAACUAUAAUUUUACAGUUUUCCUGCUUCUAACUAAAGGAAGGCAUUUUAGUUUGCAUGAAAGUAACAUUCUUUAAUCUCUGAAAGCAUUUGUUCUGGAAAGAAAAUACACUUAAUUCCAACAUAGUUAAGCCCAGUCUCAGAAAAAUGAUCUUAAUUGACACCUGCAUAGCAGAUUAUAGACAGGAGCCCUUGUGACAUGUGGCUUUUUAAAGACAGCCAAAGUGCAUUUAAUGGCGUGUAAACAAGUCGAGAGGCUGCAAUGUUUUUGCUACCUGGUUGUGUUCAGCACCUCCAGCCCUGGGUGUGUGAUGCUUUUGCUUGGGGUCUCCUGGGCCAUUGAUUUUCCCAUCUUUUUAAUUCUCUGAGGGCAGUGCACAUCUUCCCUCCCCAAACGAGCAGUCGGCAUGUACACAGUGGACAAGACAACAUACUGUCUCUGAGCUCAGGUAGAUGGUGACACUCAGUUCAUGUUCCUUCAUGCUUAGAACCCCAGCCCUCCUGCCUGCCCUUCCUUCCAUCCUGCUUGUCUUCUCUGCUUCCCCACUACCGUGAUGAUCAAUCAAGGCCAGGGCCUUCAAGGUUUCUUUGAAGCAUACGCUCAGCUAUUGAGCUAUAUCCCCAACCUCAAAGACUUCUUUACAGCAUGCGUUAGACCCCCGGGGCGGGUCAGGAGCAGAUGUCCCGCACUCGGACGUGUCCUCUGUCCUUCUAGGAUUUUCCUUGCCCUCUGGUCUUUGGUUCUCUGUGGACAACACAUCACUUCCUCCAGCACUUUAGCAGUUACAGGAACUGAUUGCUUUGUUUCAUUUCCUGUCUUCUAAUCUCUGUUUUGAAAAUUGGGACCUUCAUUUCUUGACAUUUGGUUAUUAUAAAUACCCACAGGGCUACCAAUCUCCAUUACACACACACACACACACACACACACACACACACACACACACACACACACGCACGCACGCACACACGCACGCACGCACACACACACACACACCCUGUAAAUCAGGAACUCCCAGAUUCAGUGGAGUGUGUGUGUGUGUGUGUGUGUGUGUGUGUGUGUGUGUGUGUGUGUCCUUUUCAGGGUGUCUCCAUCCUGACAUGCUGGCAUUCUGAGUUAGGUGUGUCUGAGCCAUAUUAGAUAUUAUAUGCUAUUAAGCAGCAUUAUUGGCUUCUAGUAAAAAAAAAUCCCAAAUCAUUUCCCCAACCUAUGAAAACUAAAAAUUCCUGUAGAUAUUCCCUGAGAAAGAGUUUUGUAGCCCUUUCUACUUCUAAACUACUGGCUGUAACCAUGUUUAACCAUUAUAGAUGGAACCCUCCCCCAACCCAAGUCCAACUCCCCACCCCACAGUCUCAACCUCUUGAUUCCGGGGGGUAUAGGCAUUUAGUACCACACUUAGAUAAAGACUCACUGUUUACAAGCAGCAUUUUAAAAAGUGUUUCAUUUGCUGUGCCCAGGCUAGAAGCCGGAAUCUUGCUACAUGGGCAUCCACUCAAUUGCCAAACUACCCCAAGAACCAAGCAUGUAGUAAUCCAAGGCAGCAGUUUAAGUUAUCCUUGGUCACUUAGUGAGUUCUAGGCUAGCCUUUGUACAUGAGAUUUCAGUUUGGUUACAUUUUGGUUUGAUUUGUGUUUCUGGGCUUAUUUCCAGUCAAGUGACCAUGAGUGGGGACAAGGGUAUCAAACCAGGAAAGACAUUUCUUAAACAAAACUUGCAUCAGAUAAAAAUCCCCCAUGUAUAGAAUACAUUAGAAUUUGGAGCAGGUUUAGUGAUUCCUGCCGUUUCCUCUCUCUUAAGCUCCCACCCCCACCCCAGACUUUCUGUAUUUACAUGGAAUUUUCUUUGCUAAGUUAGGAGGGCUGGAGUUUUUGGGCCAGAGAUGCUGAACCUACUCUGAAAUGAAGUGAGUGCAAUCCAGAAAAAAAGAAUGAUUGUCAAGGGUGAGUCAUCCCUUCUGGAGGCCUGAAGUUAUGUUACAGUAUUGUGGAGUUUUGUUGCUUAAAACCUUCCUUUUAUUCUCAAAGGCAUGCCCGCCAAAGUGUAACCAUCACAUCUGGGGUGGGAAAGGGGUGGGCAUUGUUAAAACUUUAGGGUAAAGAGUUUCAAUAACUCCUUGCCAACUGCCUGUGAAUCCCCCACAACGAUGUACAUAUACAUACCUGUUGCAGGUGAAAAAUGUUCAGUGGUGCUGUGAAUGAAAUGUUUUUGUGGAAAUUAAACAGACAGUUCAAAGUA